UAUUUGUACUUUAUUUUAAGAAUUACAAUUAGUAAUGGUAAGGAUUAGUUGGAACUUAUAAAUCAAUGAAUAUGCAACUUUGAAACGUAUUUCGGGGUGUAUUAGUUUUCAGUUUAUGUAGUUAGGCCUCUAACUCUAAAUUGUAAUUCAACUACUAAUUGUACGUGUAUUGUUUAACAUGCAGCUUUAUAAAUACAAUGUAAUUUUAACUUAUGUCAACACUAAAGUACAAGUACACCAACGGGACCAAGUGAUCCAGAGUUAAGUGUAUAUGUCACAGUCAAGUGGGUUUUCGAUUUUUUUACUAUAUCACCAGCUUGAGGACUGAUUUUUGGCCAGUGUUUGUACUUUAAAAACAGCCAAAAAAUUUUGUGAAUAUAAGUGAUGGCAGAACCUGAACAGACUCGUGAGUGUGAUGUAAAUGGAGGAAAUGAUUUCCAGUGGCCAUGGGCAGAGCAACAUGAUUUAGGUUCUGACACAAUGGACCUUUAUACUGCAGCUAGCUUAGGAAAAGAAGACUGUGUUAAGAAAUGUUUAGAAAGUUUCCAGAAUUCUGCUGAUGUAGACAAAAAAAACAGAGGUGGUUGGACAUCGUUGAUGUAUGCUGCUUAUUGGGGCCAUGAACCAGUACUCAAGCUGUUGUUGAUGUCAAAAACUAACCCACGUAAAAAAAACUUUUCGGGACACACAGCUCUAAUGUUGUCUGCUAUGUGUGAUAAUGUUCAAUGUGGAAAAACAUUAUUACAGCAUGGGGCUUCUACAGAAGACAGAGACAGUCAGGAUUGGACGGCUUUGUUUCAUGCUGCAUGUUUGGGACAUCUCAACUUUGUUCAUCUUCUUAUAGAAAAUGGAGCACAGUUAAACAUCUGUGAGAAAACAGAAAACUUUACACCUCUGAUGAUUGGAGCCAGUGCAGGCCAUGAAUUAAUUGUGGAUGCCCUUCUUCAAAAUGGAGCUAAUCCAUUAGGUAAAUCUGCAGACGGUGAUACAGCUAAGUCUCUAGCAGAGAAGAAGGGUUACGUAAAGGUGGUCACUGUCUUAGAAUCGCACUACUUACAAAAAUUCAACAAAG